GUUGCAGACAUAGGUGAUGUCUCCCAGCAGGUGUGGACUCUGCUAUGAGUCAGUGUGAGGACAGAGAGGAGGGACCCCCUCCCUCUAAAACCACUCUGUGGGGGGACCAUGACAGCCAGACCAAAGCUCAGAGUAUCAGGAUGCAGCAGCAGAAACCUGGACCUGGACCCAGCUGUGUGUCCAUGAAGAGUGACCGGUCUAUGGGUCGUCUUAUUAACUUUAAAGAUGGACGAGCUGUUGAUGGAAGUCUGCAGAAAAGACCUGAACCAGGACCUGGACCCAGCUUUGUGUCCAUGAAGAGUGAACGGUCUAUGGGUCAUUUUAUUACCUUUAAAGAUGGACAAACGCUGGAUGAAAGAGUUCACCAGGAGAGCUCAGAGGGCCUCGGUGGUCAGUCUGACCUGCAGCAGCAAACAGACCUGGACUCCAUAUUUAUGCUGCUGGAGGAGAACAUCGUCACUUUUGUAAAGAACGAGCUGAAGAAGUUUCAGAAGGUUCUAUGUCCAGAUUACCCAGAAUGCUUAGAGAGUUGGAGGGAGGAUGAGGAGGUUUUGGAGGGUGAGGAUGAAGAGCAGAGGAGGAGGAGCAGAGAAGCAUUUCUGAAGAUCACACUGCACUUCCUGAUGAGAAUGAAGCAGGAGGAGCUGGCUGACCGUCUGCACAGCAGAAGUCUUUCUGGAGUUUGUCAGCGUAAACUCAAGACUAACCAGAAGAUAAAGUUCCAGUGUGUGUUUGAGGGGAUUGCUAAAGCAGGAAACCCAACCGUUCUGUAUCAGAUGUUCACAGAGAUCUACAUCAUGGAGGGAGGGGCUGCAGGGGUCAAUGAAGAACAUGAGGUCAGACAGAUUGAAACAGCAUCCAGGAAACCAGACAGACCAGAAACAAUAAUCAGAUGUGAAGACAUCUUUAAAGCCCCACCUGGAAGAGAUGAACCAAUCAGAACCGUGAUGACAAAGGGAGUGGCUGGCAUCGGGAAAACAGUCUUAACACAGAAGUUCACUCUGGACUGGGCUGAAGGCAAAGCCAACCAGGACAUCCAGUUCAUAUUCCCAUUCACCUUCAGAGAGCUGAAUGUGCUGAAAGAGAGAAAGUUCAGCUUGGUAGAACUUGUUGAUGACUUCUUUAGUGAAACCAAAGAAGCAGGAAUCAGCAGGUUUGAAGAGGUCCAGGUUGUCUUCAUCUUUGACGGUCUGGAUGAGUGUCGACUUCCUCUGGACUUCCUCAACACUGAGAUCCUGACUGAUGUUACAGAGUCCACCUCAGUGGGUGUGCUGCUGACAAACCUCAUCAGGGGGAAUCUGCUUCCCUCUGCUCGCCUCUGGAUAACCACACGACCUGCAGCAGCCAAUCAGAUCCCUGCUGAGUAUGUUGACAUGGUGACAGAGGUCAGAGGAUUCACUGACCCACAGAAGGAGGAUUAUUUCAGUAAGAGAUACAGAGACAAGAAGCAGGCCAGCAAAGUCAUCUCUCAUAUCAAGUCAUCACAAAGCCUCCACAUCAUGUGUCACAUCCCAGUCUUCUGCUGGAUCACUGCUACAGUUCUGGAGAAGGUGUUGGAGACCAGAGAGGGAGGACAGCUGCCCAAGACCCUGACUGAGAUGUACAUCCACUUCCUGGUGGUUCAGUCCAAACUGAACGUAAAAUAUCAUGAGAAAUCUGAGAUAGAUCAACACUGGAGUCCAGAGACCAGGAAGAUGAUUGAGUCUCUGGGAAAACUGGCUUUUGAGCAGCUGCAGAAAGGCAACCUGAUCUUCUAUGAAUCAGACCUGACAGAGUGUGGCAUCGAUAUCAGAGCAGCAUCCGUGUACUCAGGAGUGUUCACACAGAUCUUUAAAGAAGAGAGUGGACUGUACCAGGACAAGGUGUUCUGCUUCGUCCAUCUGAGUGUUCAGGAGUUCCUGGCUGCUCUUCAUGUCCAUCUGACCUUCACCAACUCUAGAGUCAACCUGUUGGCAGAAGAACAAACAACCUCCCGGCUGUCUAAAGUCUUCAGAGAAACCCUUAAACUAAAACAUCUCCAUCAGAGUGCUGUUGAAAAGGCCUUACAGAGUCCAAAUGGACACAUGGACUUGUUCCUCCGCUUCCUUCUGGGUCUUUCACUAGAGACCAAUCAGACUCUCCUUCGAGGGCUGAUGACACAGACAGCAAGUAGCUCAAAGACCAAAAAGGAAACAGUCAAGUACAUCAAGAAGAAGAUCAGUGAGAAUCUGUCUGCAGAGAGAAGCAUCAAUCUGUUCCACUGUCUGAAUGAACUGAAUGAUGGUUCUCUAGUGGAGGAGAUCCAACAGUCCCUGAGUUCAGGACGUCUCUCCACAGAUAAACUGUCUCCUGCUCAGUGGUCAGCUCUGGUCUUCAUCUUACUGUCAUCAGAAGAAGAUCUGGACGUGUUUGACCUGAAGAAAUACUCUGCUUCAGAGGAGGCUCUUCUGAGGCUGCUGCCAGUUGUCAAAGCCUCCAACAAAGCUCUGCUGAAAGACUGUAACCUGACAGAGAGAAGCUGUGAAGCUCUGUCCUCAGUUCUCAGCUCCCAGUCCUCUAGUCUGAGAGAGCUGGACCUGAGUAACAACAAACUGCAGGAUUCAGGAGUGGAGCUGGUGUCAGCUGGACUGAAGAGUCCAAACUGCAGACUGGAAACUCUCAGGCUGAGUGGCUGUACAUUGUCAGAGAGAAGCUGUGAAGCUCUCUCUUCAGUUCUCAGCUCCCAGUCCUCUAGUCUGAGAGAGCUGGACCUGAGUAACAACAACCUGCAGGAUUCAGGAGUGGAGCAUCUGUCCUCUGGAUUGGAGAGUCCACACUGCAGACUGGAAACUCUCAGCUUGAGUGGCUGUAACCUGUCAGAGAGAAGCUGUGUAGCUCUGUCCUCAGUUCUCAGCUCCCAGUCCUCUAGUCUGAGAGAGCUGGACCUGAGUAACAACGAACUGCAGGAUUCUGGAGUGGACCUGGUGUCGGCUGGACUGAAGAGUCCACACUGCAGACUGGAGACUCUCAGGCUGAGUGGCUGUAGCCUGUCAGAGAGAAGCUGUAAAGCUCUGUCCUCAGUUCUCAGUUCCCAGUCCUCUAGUCUGAGAGAGCUGGACCUGAGUAACAAUGACCUGCAGGAUUCAGGAGUGGAGCUGAUGUCUCCUGGACUGAAGAGUCCACACUGCAGACUGGAGACUCUCAGUGUCUCAGGCUGUAUGAUCUCAGAGGAAGGCUGUACUUCUCUGGCCUCAGCUCUGAGCUCCAAUCCCUCCCAUCUGAGAGUGCUGGACCUGAGCUACAAUCAUCCAGGAGACUCAGGAGUGAAGCAGCUUUCUGCUUUACUGGAGGAUCCAAACUGCAGACUGGACACUCUCAGGGUGGACCAUGGUGGACCACAGAGACUGAGACCUGGUCUGAGGAAGUAUGUCUGUGAACUGGAACUGGACACAAACACAGUACACAGAGAACUCAAACUGUCUGACAACAACAGGAAGGUGACACAUGUGGCGGAGGAUCAGUCAUAUCCUGAUCAUCCAGACAGAUUUGACAUCUGGCAUCAGUUGCUGUGUAGAGAUGGUCUGACUGGUCGCUGUUACUGGGAGGUCGAGAGGAGAGGAAGGGUUAAUAUAUCAGUUAGUUACAGAGGAAUCAGGAGGAAAGGAGACAGUCUAGACUGUGUUUUUGGAGGUAAUGAUCAUUCCUGGAGUCUGAUCUGCUCUAAUGGAGAUGGUUACUCUGUCUGUCACAAUUACAUAAGAACAGUCCUCACUUCCUGCUCUGUCUCUAACAGAGUAGCAGUGUAUGUGGACGUUCCUGCUGGCUCUCUGUCCUUCUACAAAGUCUCCUCUGACUCACUGAUCCACCUCCACACCUUCAACACCACAUUCACUCAGCCUCUCUAUCCUGGGUUUGGGUUCUGGUCUGAUUCCUCAGUGUCUCUGUGUCCUCUGCAGGACUGAGAGUCUCUCCUGGUUCCUCAGUGUCUCUGUGUCCUCUGCAGGACUGAGAGUCUCUCCUGUGGACAGAAACACUGACUGAAGACCAGCUGCUGAAAUCAAAGUUCAGUCUGUUCACCAUCACACACACUCUGCACUGUGAAGCAGAUCUGAGACUCAAACACAAAAACAUUCAUCUGAUUUCAUCUCUGGUUAUCAACAUUUGAACUGUUUGACUAAAACACUUCAUGAUAUGUCACAUCU